UCUCCUCCCUCUCUUUAGCUCGGCUCCUCUCUUCCUGAGCUCACUCUUGUCGUUGGCGUUCGCGUUGACUGGCCAGAGUCCGCGGGCUGAACACCCUCCUUUUUUACUUUUUAGAUUCACCACCUCCUUCUGCCUCUUCUCUUUCUCCUCUCUCCCGUCUCUGCAGCUUGUCACCCAUUCAUCUCCGUCCUGCCCUCUGGUGAUCUUAACUUCUGUUUUUUAGACUGGACUGUUACUCCCCCAGCCCACCUUCCUCUGGUUCCUCUCCUCACUUCCUGGUCUGAGUCUGACACCUGAUUGGCCAUGGCGUACCACAGCUUCUUGCUGGAACCAAUUAGCUCUCAUGCCUGGAACAAAGAUCGGACCCAAAUUGCCCUGUGUCCCAAUAACCAUGAGGUUCACAUCUUCAAGAAAGACGGGACCAAAUGGACCAAAAUCCAUGAGCUGAAGGAGCACAAUGGUCAGGUGACAGGGAUUGACUGGGCUCCAGACAGUAACCGUAUAGUCACCUGUGGAGCUGACCGUAACGCCUACGUGUGGACCCUGAAGGAGGGGGUUUGGAAGCCCACUCUGGUCAUUCUCAGGAUCAACCGCGCCGCUCGCUGUGUGAAGUGGUCACCUAAAGAGAACAAGUUUGCUGUGGGCAGCGGCUCACGGCUCAUCUCCAUUUGCUACUUUGAGCAGGAAAAUGACUGGUGGGUGUGCAAACACAUCAAGAAACCCAUCCGCUCUACCAUCCUGAGUCUGGACUGGCAUCCCAAUAACGUCCUGCUGGCUGCUGGAUCUUGUGACUUCAAGUGCAGGGUGUUCUCAGCCUACAUAAAGGAAGUGGAGGAGAAGCCCGGACCCACUCCCUGGGGAAGCAAGAUGCCCUUUGGGGAGGUGAUGUUUGAGUCUGGCGAGUCUGGAGCUGCAGCUCAGACCUCAGGUGGAGGAGGAGGAGGAGGUUGGGUGCACAGUGUGUGCUUCUCACACUCUGGAAACAGGCUAGCCUGGACAUCCCAUGACUCUACUUUGUCAGUCUCAGAGGGAGGCAAGACGGGAACGGUGAGCAGCCUGAGGUCUAAGACACUUCCUCUGCUGUGUGUGACCUUCAUCACGGAGAACAGCUUGGUGGCAGCUGGUCAUGACUGCUACCCGAUGCUGUUUGUGUAUGAUGGGGCCAAAGGGAGCCUGACAUUUGGUGGCAAGUUGGACAUUCCCAAACAGGCAGCCCAGAAGGGCAUCAGCGCCAGGGAACGCUUCCAGAACCUUGACCGUCGAGCCUCAGAGACCCAGGGCACUCAGAAGGACCAGAACACACUCCACAAGAACAGCAUCAGUCAACUCUCUGUGGUGGAGGGAGGGAGAAACCAGUGCACCAAGUUCUGCACUACUGGUAUGGAUGGAGGAAUGGCCAUCUGGGAUGUCAAGACUCUGGAGUCUGCUAUGCAGGACUUGAAGAUAGCAUGAGCUGAAUGUCCCGUUUGUCUGAUAGAGGUCUGCUCGUUUCUGGACAGAAGAAGACGACUGCUGCCAUAAUAAACAACCUUUCUCUGCUGUUUUGAGUUUUUAUACCAGUUAAGCAAAAACAAAGCUUUUUACUAGCUCAUUUAUUUCAUUGUUAUACAAAGGGGCUGAACCCAGAUCUGCAAAUGGUACUCUGUGAGUUCAGUUCUAUCUAAACAAGUUCAGACUGAGCAGAAUGUUUAAAGCAACUUUUCUUAUAGUAACAAUACAAAACUGCAACAGAUAUAUUAAAGGCUUAUGCUGGUCAUAAAAUGCAUUCAAUAAAUCAUUUUUGUCACAGUACUCAACAGA